CAAAAAGACAGAUGCGUACAAACUAGGGAAAUUCGAAUUUUCCUCACAAAUUUUAUAAACUGUUAUAAUUCUGCACGCAGUCUCGGCCCCUCAGCACUACUCUCUGCGAUCAUUUCUGAAGGUGGAUUAUCAUAUAAUUAUCCGAUUAAAAUCCGUGCAGAAUUCCUUUCUUCAAGUCAAAUUCCAGGCUGCGAUUUCGUUCAAUGUCCGCCCUUGCUGAAUUCAUCGGAGGAUGAUCGCGAUUUUGGAGGGGUUAGUGAAGGGCAUUGGCGCUGCGGCCAAUCUGACCGUCGAGGUGCUCAGCUUGAGCUACAAAUGCGGCGCCCUGAUCGUGGCCGCGGUGGCCGCCGUCGGCCGCUUUGCCCUCACAUGUCUCUCAUCACUCGCCAGCCUGGUGUCCAUCCUGUACCAGGACUUCUGCUUCUUCAGCUGCGACCUGCUGUCCAAGGUGGUAGACGCCGUGAGUCUGACGGCCAGUUUCUUUGACGGCCUCUUCUCCGUCCUGAGGAACGCCUUCCUCGGCGUCAGAAACGGAUUCGCGGCAGUUUUUGGCUCAUGCGCUGACGGCCUCUUUUCCGUCCUUGAUUUAUUAGUCCAGGCGUGGGAGGUGGUGCUUCAGUCAGUGGAGCUGCUGAAAUGGGCGUUGGUGGUGGUGGGCCAGGGCUUCUGGUUUGCCGUCCAGUUGGUGCCCCUCUGCAUCAUCUACCUCCUCUACAGUGCCCUGAGUUUGGUGGUGGCGAUCGUCGCCGAGGUCGCCGACCAGGCUCACAUGGCCUGGACCUUUUGCUUAGGCAAGGCUGGUGCUGCAGCCAACUGGUGCUUUGUCUUGCUCACCGACUUCACCGUAGAAGCCUUCAUGGGCCUUGCGUCCAUCUUCAUCCUGAGCUACUGGCUGCACCGUAGACGGACUGCCAUCAAGAGCACGGCCGCCAGGGCCCUUCGAUGGACGGCUCUCAACACCAAAAUGGCUGCUAGGAAAAUGUGGUGCACGUUGGUUCAGUUUCUACACAUGAGCCGCAGCGGGCAGACCUUCCGAUGGCGCCGACCCGAGGACAGUGACGAGGAGGACGUGCCGCUGGCGCUGAGGCUUCGGGCUCGCAAGAGCGUCAGCCCUGGCAACCUGAAGCGGCAGCUGCUGAUGGAGCAGGAAGAAAAACUGUGUGUGGUUUGCUUGGAGAAAAACAAGUGUGUGAUCCUGAUGCCAUGCCGACACCUGUGCAUGUGCUCUGACUGCAGUGCCGUCAUCUCCAACACCACCAGCGCCUGUCCCAUUUGCAGAACAAACUUUGACAGGGCCGUCGUAGUCUUCAUGUAAAAACACGGAGGCAGAAAAAUCAUGGCUGUGGUGCCUCUUGAGUUGCAAUUUGAUUGCAUUUGCUAUUUUUCUGAAGAUUCAAUGAUAUUUUAAUACAUAGACUUUCCAUUGUUCAUAAAAAAAUUUCAGUAAUUUCUAUUUUGCUGAGAUUGAAAACUUGUAUCAAAAUAUAUCUUUUGAGAGGAAACGUCUAAUUAAUUGAGAACAUAUAUUGUGUCAAUAUUCAUCAGAGCUAAAAUUUUUCAACAUCUGCUUACUAAUUAACUGUCAAAUUCAGCUCAAAUUCUUCUCAAUAGUAAUGAGUACGGAAAUCUUAUUUGAGAUUUUAGAGACUGUUGAGGCACAAAGCAGAGUAUUACUCUGCAUUUUUUUUUUAAUUUUUGUAAAUAAGUUGCUUAAGAAAGAAGGCU